CUUGAGUUUCCAAGUUGGGCUUCCCCGCGCAAACACCUCCCAACUGAGCGUGUAUAUAGUACCAGGGUGGGAGAGGGCGAGAGAGGGCAGGCAAGGUCCUCCUGCUGCCGUUGUUCGUUCGCGCCGCAAGUCCGUUCACUUGCCCCCUGAACGUCGUGCGGGCAUCUGCAGUAGCUCCGUGUCUCUCCACUGGCAGCAGAUAUUAGAGAGCCGCGCGUGAACCACAGCAGAAUGGCGCUCUUGCACAAGUUCAUGCUGGCGAGUGCGCUCAGCAUGGCCUUCGGGACAACAGAACGAACAGAUACCGUGGAGCCACAGCUGCCUGGGGGAUGCCACGCACUGCCAUCGCUCCUGCAGUCCGCGGGCUCUUCCCUAACGUGCAUUGCAGCCUCCUUGAUCAACUGUCAGGCAAACGAAAAUGAUCAGCUGUCCAUUGCGCAAGACCUGCGGGACACCAUGUCCGAGGUGCGGCGAGCGAUUGUCGACGCGGAGAGGCGGCGGCGGCGGCCGAGGCACUGCCGCGACCUGCAGCUCGACGGCGACUCCGAGUCGGGCGUCCGGCGCGUGUUCCCCUUCCGCAGUUCGCCCGACGCGGCUGCGACUGUCUACUGCGACCAGGAGACCGACGGCGGCGGCUGGACGGUGUUCCAGAGGCGGCUCAAGCUCCCUGUGAGGGAGGACUUCUACCGCACGUGGGUCGAGUACGAGCUCGGCUUCGGCCACAUGGACGGCGGCGAAUUCUGGCUGGGCCUCGACCUCGUGCACCGCCUGACCUCGACCGACCUGCAGGAGAUGAGAAUCGACCUCACGGACUACGAGGACAACGCCAAAUGGGCCAAGUACGGGGUCUUCCACCUGGGGGACGCCAGCACCAAGUACCGGCUCAAAGUCGGCAGGUACAACGGCACAGCUGGCGAUGGCUUCGGGAGUGGCAGGCACGACGGCCACCCGUUUACCACGCACGAUAACGACAACGACGGCGACGGUGCGAACUGUGCGGCCAGGUAUCGCGGUGCUUGGUGGUAUGACAAAUGCCACAUAUCCAACUUGAAUGGGUUUCCUUAUGAAGGCGACCACGAGAGCUAUGCGGAUGGUAUCGAGUGGCAACCCUGGAGAGGAUAUCAUUAUUCGCUGAAAACUACAACAAUGAUGAUAAGGCCGGCAUUCUGAAGCUUCUGCUGUCACUGACACACACACACACACACACACAUACACACACACACACACACACACACACACACACACACACACACUCACUCACUCACUCACUCACUCACACACAUUCUGUUGAUAUUAACUAUGUCAAAAAUAUUUAUCAGUUUACAGAAAUGUAGGUGCGGGUUUGGGUAUUCUAAAUCUAAAUGCAUACACGACUACAAAUGUAUUUUUUUACGAAAUUUUUUAUGAAAUUUUAAAUGUCUGUAGUCUGAAAAUAAACAUCAAUAUACCAGUAUAUUGAUUUCCUUACACCAAUAUCUUAAUGUAUAAUAGUCAUUGAUCCAGCCUUCUUUAUUGAGAAACGACUGUAAUUUUUUGGGCCGUUCAGGCCGCUUUUAACUCCGUACUCAAGAUAUCAUGGGUAGAUGACGAUAUUGUUGUUGUAAGUCCUAUGUAAUCCUGUGAAAACUAUAUAUCUGUCUCCUGGAGGAAUACAUUGGAGGAUUCUGUUACAGUACCCCAUUCUCUUUCUGUCCAGGGUGUAUGAUGUUAAGUCUGCUGUGACCCCUGAGCUGAAACUACUACACAUCAGUGCACAGUUGCCUGCACUCAUACCUGGUACACCCGUUUUCGUUGGACAAGAAACGGCAACUCUAUGUUUGCUUACAUUCACUGUGUACUUGUAUCAUGAAAUCACUCUGAUACAAGAUUUGAAACAAA